AGAUCUGCGACGCUGCCAGGAGGGGGUUACUGUGCAGGACCUGACCAAAAAAAAAAAACAAACUAGUGGAGAACAGGAGGGAGUAUUCUAUAGAGGAAGAAGAAGGCAGCAGGGAAAUUAUCAGGUUGGAGGAAAGGAGGACAGCGAGGACAGGAGGGAGGUGCAGUUUUGCGAGGUGCAGUGGAGAGAUUUGCUGUGUCCCUGCUAGCAGCUGGAACAGGACGAGGAGAGGAUGCUGUUUUGGAUGCGGAGAGGCAGCGCUGCACUGUAAGAGGCUGUGAAGACAGAGAACAGCUGUGUUUCUGUAUGUUGUGGGGAGAUAUUCAGUUUCAGUGGAGAUAUGAUUUUGAGGACAGCGUGAUUCUGUGGUAUGUAGCUCCAGAUUACGAUGCUGCUCUGACCUCUGAAGGGUGUCUUGCAGAAACUUAGUUGAUUCCUCUAAAUGACCUGCAGUCGGUGUGUAUUGCUAGGUAGCCAGCUGGCUGUGUUGCUGUCAGGCAGGACACACGGUGGUGGGUUUUGUUCACUGUAGCUUUAUAUAGUUGUGCUAGCAGAAUGGAUCCUCAGCAGCCUGUGUUUAGCCUGAUGAAGCGGUUCUGUCCUUGUCUCAGCCUGCUGCCACUGCCAAGUCAGGACUGGAGUAAAAGCGACGAGAGGCUCCUGCAGGCCGUCGAGCAGAAUGAACCGGAUAAAGUCUCGGCCCUCAUUGUCAAAAAAGGCCUUUGUCCCACUAAGCUGGAUUCUGAGGGCAAGUCGGCUUUUCAUCUUUGUGUAUCUCGAGGCCGACUGGACUGUCUGGAGGUAAUAAUCUCUCAUGGAGCAGACGUCAACGUCCUUGAUGGGGCUGGCUUCAAUGCCCUUCACCUCGCCGCCAAAAAUGGCCAAUCAGAGUGUUUAAAGAGACUAUUACAGGAGAGAUUGUCAGUAGAUAGCACUGACAGUAUUGGGAGGACGCCACUUCAUCAUGCAGCGGUCAGUGGCUGCUUGUCCUGCACUGAAACUCUGUGGGACUUUAAAGCCAACCUUGACGUCCAGGACAGUGAUGGGGCCACACCUCUGAUCUUAGCAGCCCAGAUGAGCAGAGUGGAGCUGUGCGUCUUUCUGAUGGGUCGAAGUGCCAACGCAAACAUACAGGACAACCAAGGAAGGUCUGCGUUGAUGUUAGCCUGUGAGAGUGACAGUGUUGAGACUGUAGAGGCUCUACUGAGAGGCGGAGCCAACACACAGCUUGUGGAUACACUUGGACACAAAGCGACCGACUACAGCACCACCACAGGCAACCAGCGCAUCAUUCAGAUGCUGCAGGACGGAGUACCUCCAGGUACAGUACAAGCAUCUGAGGGCGCCGGCGAGGAGAUCCAGGGUUUGCCGGCCUCUCCACGGCCCAGUCCAGAUCCUCCAGCCCAGUCCCCUGAGCCCCCUUCUGCCUCUCCCCAGCCUCCAGAAUCCCAGGCAUCAGCCCAGGGUGAAGACGAAGAGGUGUUCGAGGAGAUCCGACGGCUUCGUCUGGAGAGAGGCCGCCUGCUGCAGAAGAUUAAAGCCUUGGAGCAGCAGCAUCAGAGCGCCCUCUCUGCCUUGGAGGAGCUGUCUCAACUAAAGCAGCGUCUAGAGGAGGCCGAGGCAGAGCGGGACAGGCUGCUGGAGGAGCUAAAGGGCGGUCAUGGUAUUGGGGCAAGUGACUCUGAGGACAUGGAUGAAAUGCUGGACUUCCCAGAAAAGCUGCUCUCGAAGCGCUCCAGAGCUGCUCAGGAUGAGGACACUCCUCAAACGGACGCAGAGUCGGCCGGCCCCGCUGCUACCCCCGGAGACCCUGGAACUGUUGCUGAGCUGCGUAAACAAAUAGAGGAACUUGCUUCUCAGAACUCUGAACUUGUUCUUAAAGUGCAGAUGCUGGAGAUGUUUGAGAAAGAUGACACGGACAUGCAGACCUCCACUUCAGACUUUGUCCCCAUCGUUCAGUAUGAGACCCUGAGGAAGGAGUUUGAAGCCCUUCAGGAGCGUCUCUCUCAGGCCCAGGCUUCAGACGACGCCUCCAGUGUGGCAGAAACACAUGGUGAUGAGAAGGAAGGAGAUGAAGAGAGCACAGAAGCUCUUAAGGAGAAGCUGCGUGGGCUGGAGGAGCAGUUGGCCUCUUCCCAGUCUGAGCUGGAGGAGCUGAGGGAGCAGAUGCGCCUCGGGGUGCUUUCUGUGGAGUGCACUGAAGGAGAUAUUCCCACAGCAGGUGCAGGGGCUUCAGACGGCGGUCCGAGCCAGGAGGCGCAGCAGCUGAGAGCCAGAGUGACGGAGUUAGAGGAGGAGCUUGCUAAGAGGCAGGGCGAGGCUGGGGGUCAGAGUGACCCAGUGAGUGACACAAUCAAACAGCUGACGGAGAAAGUAGAAGAACUCCAGGCUGCUCUAUCCCAGAAGGAGUCCACGAAAGAGGGACAGGAGACAGAAAGUGGAGAGACGGUAAAGGGCCUGCGUGAUAAAGUCACAGAGUUGGAGGCAGCCCUGGCAGAAAGCCGGACAUCUGGGAACGAGGGAGGAGCGGGAGGAGAUGGGAAUAAAGUUCGUCGCCUUCAGGAGCGUUUGGGCGAGCUGGAGGGGGAGCUGAGGAAGUGUGUUCCCCGAUCAGAGCUGGAGGAGGUGCAGCUGACUCUGGGGCUGCAGUGUGAGCAGCUGGCCAGGGAGAGGGCAGAUGUGGCCAGGAGGCUUAACGAUGCCCUCCUGGAGCUGGAGAGGCUCCGACCUCCUCCACGUGGAGAUGAGGAGGAGGAGGAAGAGGAGGAGGAAGAGCACUCAGAAAGCUCAGAGCGUUCAGUCGUAUCAGACCAUUCCAGGCGCACCUUGGCAGCGGUGAGAGAAGAGCUGGAGGUCGCCAGGCAGGAAGCAGCUCAGGCUCUGGACUGUCUUUGCGCCGAGCGAGAAGGCCGAGCUCAGGACGCCCUGCAGCGGAAAGAUUCAGUGCCGCUUUCCAAACACAAGGAGGCGCUGUCUGCAGUGUCGGAACAGCUGGCUCAGACGCUGCAGGAGCUCCAGGAGGAGAAGAACCUCAGGAGCCAAGCUGAGGAGCAGGCGGCUGCACUGGAGGCCAAACUUGAGGCCAUGCAGGACGCCGUUCCCAAAGAGGAGCACGAGAAGGUCAAGGCGGAGCUCCAGCGCUCCCUGCAGGCCAGUGAGAGCAGUGCAGCUGCAGCCCAGGACGCUGUGACAGAGAAAGAGAUGGAGCUGAGGGAGCUGAAAUCCCAGAAGGCUGCAGAACAAGGUCUGAUCUCUAAGGAGGACCACGAGGCCCUGCGGCUCUCCCUGCAGGCCGAGAUCAACGCCAUCACGGCCCGAUUCAAUGAUCUCACCCGCAAACAUGAGAAGACCUGCACUGAGGUGUUCCAGGUGCAGAGGGAGGCGCUCUUUAACAAGAGCGAGCGGCAGGUCGCGGAGUCCCAGCUGGCCACGGUGCAGCAGCAGCUCACUGAACUUCAGGCCCAGUCCAGCCACAUCCAGGAGCUCCACAAGGGCAUCCAGGAGUCCCAGGGCCUGGUCAAGGAGAAGGAUCGCAAGAUAACGGAGCUGUCAAAGGAGGUGUUCCGGCUAAAGGAGGCCCUGGGGGCUCUCUCACCUCCUCUCGGCAUCACCUCCUCCUCCUCCUCCUCCUCUUCACCCGCCCAUCAUGGAAACCCCGGACAGCAAGUGGCUCUGCAGAACAGGAUCGGAAUACUCACCCAGCAGCUCCAGGAUUGGGAGAGAAAGCACAAGCAAGUGGUGGCUGUAUACCGCUCUCAUUUACUGGCAGCUGUACAGGGUCGUAUGGAUGAAGAGGUGCAGCGUUUGCUUCUCCAGAUCCUGAGGAUGUCACAGCAGGGACACUGAACUCUAUCUGCAAGUUUCUCCUCAACUUUAGCAUUAUGUAGCUGCUCCAUCACAGCAGCCUGUGGGACCAGUAUGGUAACGUCUAAAAAGCCAAAUCCAACUGAUCUGUGGUCGGACGUACAGUAGCUGCAUGCGUACAUCGUAGUAACUGAAACAACAGCCUUAAGGCUUGACCGAGAACCAAACAGUAGAACAGAACGUGGAGUGCCUUCAUUAUCUGUCAGGGGUUUGUGAUAGCAGGAUGUGAAUGUGGAUACGGAGUGGUUAUUUAGAAUGAAUUGGUUGUGUGAAAAAGUCUAUUGAUUUUAUAUGAUAUUGUUUUAAUAAAAGAAAAAUAAGUGCUUUGCCGUUCA